GUGGACCCUUCAUCCCGCGGUCGCGGCUGUUGCGUCUAUCUUCGCGGGUCUGCUUGGUGCGUUCGCGUCAUCCACCGUAGUUCUCCCCUUGGUCAAACCUGGAUGCGCGUACCUCACCCCUCAAAGCCUCGCAUUGUACCACGUCUUCCGUCGCACCCCCAGCUUCAUUAAAGUAUACGUCGAAUCCGUCCUGCGCCCUCUUCUGUUUAAGCUUCUCGAACGACCGCUGAUGAUGCGUACCCCACUUCGACAAAUCGCCCAUGCCGUCUGGGCCUGGGUCCCAGUCAAGGCCCCUACAUGGCACGGGACCGAGCAAUUGAUCGUCUCCGAGGAAAGCCAGUUGCUGGAUGUCGACAUCAUCUCCACCGCGUACAACACUGCGAUGAACCCCGGCCUACUUGCAACCGCCGCGAUAUGCCUUUCCGGACUCGAUCCCAGCCUACACGUUGUCGACUGCAUCGAGAGGCUGCAGAAGAUAGACGAGAACCACUUCGGCGUCUUCCCCUCUCCGUACAUCUGUUCUGUCGUCAGCGCUACCGGCGGGCCCGUUCUCUAUGACCUAUGGGCCGAUUCGUUGCUCUGCAGCUCUCUUGAGGAGGUAAAGGAGAUAGCCUUACGCCGUCGGACCAAUCGUGUUACGGCGUUGGCCGCCCAAAUCUAUGAACACUUCGGCGCAACGAAGCCUACUCUGUCGGCUCCCGAACAAGAGACCGUGGUGAGGACUGUGUUAGGACUGUCGAUGGCAAUAUGCCAUGGCGCUUGCACAACGAGGAUUCGGACAUGGCACAACGUGUUGCAUUCCUUCCAACAGAUACUCACUAACUGCAGCCUCGGCGAGCUAUCGUCCAUGAAUGUUCGUUCUGCUGCCGCAGCCGCGCACCAAGUACUUGAAGGCCCCCCACCGGACUUUGAAGACCUCCGGCUCUUCUGCACGUAUUUCACUGCUGCGAACAUCAUGCUGGAGUGCGUCCUGGCGAGCCACGACGUCGCUCCGGAUCAUCACCGAGCCAUCCUCUCUUAUGCCAACCAUGUACUCCUCCACCUCACGGACACCCUGCAGGAAGUUGCCGACGCAGGAGAGGACUUGCUCCCCAGGUGCGACCAAUACUGGCUGAACUUCUUCGUCGAAAACCUCUCCGACCUGGUGAACAUCGUCACCGAAGAGCCCGCUUUCCCCGUCCGUGCGCUCUUCCCCGCAGACCGCAUCGUUGCUCUAGAGCGUGCGUUCGUCGCUGUGCAGCACCUGAUAGUUCAUACGGGCCUCGUCGAGGUUGAAUCCCGGAUCGGCAACCGCGCUGGCUACCGGGAGACGUGCGAGGAUAAACUGGUCCGUCUUAGAGCGCUCCGGUCGCGUUCCGAGUCCCCCCAGCAGGAGACCACUCCACCUGGAAUCAACCUUGCUACGACCUGGCCGUCUGCGCCAGUCCCAGGCGAGCCACCUGCCACGUCCGCUCCAGUCGAACGACCUCCUUCCCCCUCCAUCGAGACAGCUGCCCCCGAUUCGGUCGAACCCGUGUCCGUCGGAGGUGACAAAGGAUCUACUUCUAUCCCGACCCUGGACCCAUCAUCGCAUGCUACCGUCCCAGUCGAACGACCCGGCCUUCCUACACCGCAGCCCUCAUCGCACUACAGCAUUCCGAACAGGGAGUUGUACGCGUCUCCGGGAUCUAUGCACGCCGGUGUCAUAUCUACGCCCGUCCUGGUCGAUCCGUCCAUUGCUUCCGUUCCAGUAGAGCUCUCGGGAUCUAUGCCGGCGGCACCACCCACUCCCGUCCCUGCCUCCGAACUCCCUGCUUCCGUCUCGGAAGAGCGACCUACAAACCCACGGUCCUCGUCGCACCAUAGCAUGUCCGCCGAGCCGCAUAUGUCGCCGCGAACUUCAUUGCACGGCGGCGUCUCAGACGGUGGUCACGAGCCGUCGCUGUAGGACCUCUGAAGAUGGGGUGGAACAGAUACCGUCGACGAGCUCCCCAGAUCUUCUUCAAAGCGCAUCCAAAUCCGCCGCUAGAUUCAAUACCCUCUCUCGCAACACCAGCUCUCGCCCCGAUAUUACUAGCGCUGCUGUUGGUCUUUUUUUCACGUCUAGAUACCCCGUCUUCGUACGAAUUGAACGCUUCCGUUGCUCUUGUUACUCUCCAUUCCUGAACGUACCAUCUUUUCUUGGGCUCUCUCUUUUUCCGGAACAUACCUGCCAUUCUUCUCCUGUACUUAUAUCCCAAACGUGCCAUGCCGCAGCUUGUAGCUGAGCGCUCGUUGAGCCUCCUUACAUAUGUACGUUCACGCGUACAGACGCAAUCCUGACGUUCUGUGUUACCCGCCCCAGUCCCGUAUAUUGUCGUAUUUAUUCACGCC